AAUAACAACAGUUGUUAGGUUGGCUCAGUUGAAGAAAGCAACUCACAUUUGUGUACCUGACAUUAACUAUCGAUUUAAUUUUUUUCAAUUUGAAGAGAUUAAGAAAUGCUGAAACUUCUAAUAACUGUCGGUUUGGCAGUUGGGACCGUUUAUUCGCUGACUUGUUAUAAUGGAAGUAAAACGUUGGCGUUUCAAAGUGUAGGUGAGACAACAGAGGAGUGCCCCGAGUCAUCAUAUUGCUAUAAUAUGUCAACUUCUGCAAUGGUUAUGGUCAAUUUUGUGAAGGCUGGAUGUUCGAGAUGGAGGUGUAUGCUAGCAAAAGACACAUGUAUCUUCACAACCUUCCAAAUGGUUCCAGUCAGUUUGUGCUGUUGUAGUUAUGAUCGAUGCAAUGUUGGUGGAAACCCUGUAUAUUCUGACAACCCGAAACAAAUCCAAAAUGGUGGUGGAAACAGUGGCAACUGGAACAGCGGAGGAAACAAUAAUGGAGCAAGCGGAGGAUCGUGGGGAAAUGGGAAUGCUAAUAAUAAUAAUAAUAAUAAUAAUGGUGGAUCGAAUAACAAUGGAUGGGGAAAUAAUAAUGACUGGAGCAGCAACUACAACUAUGGAGGCUCAAAUGCAGCCAACGAGCCAAAAAUGACAAAACAAACAGUUGCUGGAGAUGAUUCAUGGAACAAAAACAAAUGGACAAACAAACAAGUCGAGGAUAUGUUCAAAAAAUCCAUUGAUGAUCGUGGGGACGAGAUCCAACUGGAAGAUGAUUUCAAGAAAAUCGAUAAAAAUUACAAGACACAAUCAGUUCCUCAGGAGUCAUUGAGAACACUUUCCGCGCGGAAGGAAGUCGAGAAAAUUCCAUUUGUAGCUGGAAAAAGCUCAGGAGUUGGAGCAAAGACCACAGCCAGUCCUACUACUGGAAAGUCCAAAGAAAUUCAAUUGUAAAAUUUAAUGUUUUUAUAUUUAACAAGUUUAUAAAUAAUAAAGUUUGAAAACCAAAGAA